AGUUGCUGAGUAUAUGUUGAGCGUUGUGAUGUUAAUAUUGCAAUGGUAUUUGUGUUGUAUAGGGCUUGCUAUGGUGUCUUGAGAUUCGUCAUGGAAAGUGGUGCUAAAGGAUGUGAGGUCAUUGUGAGUGGAAAGCUUCGUGCAGCACGUGCCAAGUCCAUGAAAUUCAAGGACGGUUACAUGGUUUCGUCUGGUCAGCCAACCAAGGAUUACAUCGACUCUGCUGUCAGACAUGUUCUGCUUAGACAGGUUAGUGUGUUUCUUCUUCUGAGUUCCCCACUAAGUGAAUAAAAUAUGCUAGCGAUG